AUGCUGCCCAACACUGGGAAGCUGUCAGGAUGCACAGUUUUUACCACAGGUGCAAACUGAGGCAUUGGCAAAGCUAUUGCAUUGAAAGCAGCGAAGGAUGGAGCCAAUGUUGUCAUUGCUGCCAACACCACCCAGUCACACCCAAAACUCCCUGGGACAAUCUAUACAGCUGCUGAAGAGAUUGUGACAGCUGGAGGAAAGAACUUGCCGUGUGUUGUUGAUGUGAGAGAGGAACAGCAAAUCAACCUUGCAGUGGAGAAAGCAGCUGAAAAAUUUGGAGGAAUUGACAUUUUGGUGAAUAAUGCCAGUACUAUUAGCUCAACCAACACAUUGGACACUCCUACAAAGAGAGUGGAGUUGAUGAUGAGUGUGAAUAGAGGCACCUACCUUACAUCCAAAGUACAUAGUCCCUUUGUAAAAAAGAGCAAGAUUGCUCCUAUUCUCAAUCUCAACCCACCCUUGAACUUCAACCCACUGUGGUUCAAACAGCACUGUGCUUAUACCAUUGCCAAGUACGGUAUGUCAAUGUGUGUGCUUGGAAUGGCAGAAGAAUUUAGAGGUGAAAUUGCCAUCAAUGCUUUUUGGUCUAAAACAGCCAUGCACACUGCUGCUGUGGAUAUGCUGGGAAGAUCUGGUGUUGAAAGCCAAUCUGGAAAAGUUGACAUCAUUGCAGAUGCUUCAUACUCCAUUUUCAACAAGCCAAAAAGUUUCACUGGCAACUUUAUUAUUGAUGAAAAUAUCUUAAAAGAAGAAGGAAUAAAAAACUUUGAUGUCUAUGCAGUUAUACCAGGCCAUCCUUUGUUACCAGAUUUCUUCUUAGAUGAACAUCCAGAUGUAAUUAUGAAGAAAAAAGAACCAGAAGAUCCUGUGCCAGAACUAAAAGAAGAGAAGCCGCAGCGACCACUGAAACCCCAUUCUGGAGCUGUGGAAGAAACAUUUAGAAUUAAGUCCUCUCUCAGUGAUGAUAUUGUUAAAGCCACACAAGCAGUCUAUCAGUUUGAACUCUCAGGUGAAGAUGGUGGCAUGUGGUUUCUUGAUCUGAAAAGUAAGGGUGGGAAUGUUGGACAAGGAGAGCCCGCCAGUCAGGGGGACGUGGUGAUGAGUAUGACCACAGAUGAUUUUGUCAAAAUGUCUUCAGGGAAACUAAAGCCAAUCAUGACACUCAUAUCAGGAAAAUUGAAGAUUAAAGGAAACGUGGCCCUAGCAAUCAAAUUGGAGAAGCUAAUGAAUCAGAUGAAUUCCAAACUGUGA